AUGUUUCUUUUGAUUCUGCUGCUUUGGCUCUCCAGCAGUCAUUGUGUCGUUCAGGAGGAACCAACAGGAGCAACUUGCUGUGGUGCUUGCUUCCAAGGACCGGCCGGAACACCAGGUGUUCCUGGCAUCCCAGGAAAUCCAGGUGGAAUUGGGGUCCAAGGACCUCUUGGCCCCAAAGGUGACCUUGGGUUUGGCCUCCCUGGACCUAAGGGAGAUACCGGCGACCAGGGACAGAAGGGAGAUCGAGGGGAACCAGCGUUGCAGGGACCUCCAGGGAAGCAGGGACCUGCGGGUCGCAACGGAGACAUGGGUGAGGGGCAGAAAGGUGACCAGGGGGAGCAAGGGGUCGAAGGACCGCAAGGUCCUUCUGGUGAAAAGGGGCAAAAGGGCCAGCCUGGAGAAGCUACCUCGAUUACCCCAAGAGCCCCCUCUGUCGUCGCAUUCAGCGCUUAUCGUACGACAAGUGUCACAGGCGGUGGUGGCGAUGUCAUCAUAUUUGACAAUAUUGAGUCCAAUCUGGGCGAUGGGUACGAUUCGCAAUCGGGCGUGUUUUCAUGCUCGAUUCCCGGUGUCUACUUCUUCACAGCCACCCUGCAGAGAAUGUCAUCAGUGCAUCCUUUCGUGCACCUGAAAAAGAACGGGGAGCGUAUCUUUGGGAUCUAUGACAAUCAUGGUGGUUACCGGCAUCAGUCCAGCAAUUCGGCAGUUCUUGUUUUGGCCACGGGGGAUAGAGUCUGGCUUGAGUUUGGCAGCAGUAACAAAGGUAUUUACAGCAAUAGCGACAAGUAUUCUUUCUUCUCCGGCUUUCUUUUCUCUAAUCUCCUUUGUUUUUUAUUAUCAAAUUCCCUACAGGUGAAAAGAAGGCCUACCGUUAUGUUUCUUUUGAUUCUGCUGCUUUGGCUCUCCAGCAGUCAUUGUGUCGUCCAGGAGGAACCAACAGGAACAACUUGCUGCAGUGCUUGCUUCCAAGGACCGGCUGGAACACCAGGUGUUCCUGGAAUCCCAGGAAAUCCAGGUGGAAUUGGGGUCCAAGGACCUCUUGGCCCCAAAGGUGACCUAGGGUUUGGCCUCCCUGGACCCAAGGGAGAGAUCGGCCAUCAGGGACGGAAGGGAGACCAAGGCGAGUCAGGGAUGGUGGGACCUCCGGGGAAGCAGGGACCUGCGGGUCGCAAAGGAGACAUCGGUGAGGGGCAGAAAGGUGACCAGGGGGAGCAAGGGCUCCAGGGACCGUCAGGACCGCCUGGUGAACAGGGGCAACAGGGCCAGCCAGGAGGAGCUUCCUCGAUUACCUCAAUAGCUUCCUCUGCCAUUGCUUUCAGCGCUGACCUCACGACAAGUUUCACAGGUGACAAUGGUGAUAUCAUCAUCUUUGACAAUAUCGAGACGAAUAUGGGCGAUGGGUACGAUUCGCAAUCGGGCGUGUUUUCCUGCUCGAUUCCCGGUGUCUACUUCUUCACGACCAGCCUGCAGAGACUCUCAUCAUCAACGCGUCCUCACGUGUUCCUGAAAAAGAACGGGGCGCGUAUCUUUGGGAUCUAUGACUCACAUGAUAAUUACUAUCAUCAGUCCAGCAAUUCAGCAGUUCUUGUUUUGGCCACAGGGGAUAGAGUCUGGCUUGCGUUUGGCAGCAGCAACAGAGGUAUUUAUGGCGAUUCUAGCAACAAAUAUUCUUUCUUCUCCGGCUUUCUGAUCCAUGUGAAAAGAAGACCUACCGUUAUGUUUCUUUUGAUUCUGCUGCUGUGGCUCUCCAACAGUCAUUGUGUCGUUCAGGAGGAACCAACAGGAACAACUUGCUGCGGUGCUUGCUUUCAAGGCCCAGCCGGAACACCAGGCGUUCCUGGAAUCCCAGGAAAUCCAGGUGGAAUUGGGAUCCAAGGACCUCUUGGCCCCAAAGGUGACCCUGGGUUUGGCCUCCCUGGACCCAAGGGAGAGACCGGCGACGAGGGACAGAAGGGAGAUCGAGGCGAACCAGCGUUGCAGGGACCUCCAGGGAAGCAGGGACCUGCGGGUCGCAACGGAGACAUGGGUGAGGGGCAGAAAGGUGACCAGGGGGAGCAAGGGGUCGAAGGACCGCAAGGUCCUUCUGGUGAAAAGGGGCAAAAGGGCCAGCCGGGAGAUGCUACAUUGAUUACUCCCUCUGCCGUCGCAUUCAGCGCUUACCGUACGACAAGUGUCACAGGUGGUGGCGAUGUCAUCAUCUUUGACAAUAUUGAGUCCAAUGUGGGCGAUGGGUACGAUUCGCAAUCGGGCGUGUUUUCAUGCUCGAUUCCCGGUGUCUACUUCUUCACAACCAGCCUGCAGAGAAUCGAAUCAUCAGUGCAUCCUUACGUGCACCUGAAAAAGAACGGGGAGCGUAUCUUUGGGAUCUAUGACUCUCAUGGUUACCGUCAUCAGUCCAGCAAUUCGGCAGUUCUUGUUUUGGCCACAGGGGAUAGAGUCUGGCUUGAGUUUGGCAGCGGUAACAGAGGUAUUUACAGCGAUAGCAACAAGUAUUCUUUCUUCUCCGGCUUUCUAAUCCAUGAAACCUAA